AGUUCGCUGUGGCAAUUCCAACAGCCAAUCAGAAGGCGAAGACUGUGGCCAAAUGCCUCAUGGACAAUUUCAUCAUCUACUACGGUAUUCCGGAAAGGUUACAUACCGAUCAAGGCCCAGACUUUGAGUCUAAGUUGAUUCAUGAACUUUGUACUGUUGUUGGAAUUCAGAAGUGUCGAACAACACCUUACCAUCCUCGAGGCAAUCCUGUUGAGAGAUUUAACAGGACUUUGUUAAACAUGCUGGGGACUCUGGAGACUAAACAAAAAUCCAAGUGGCGUGAGUUUGUCAAACCGUUGGUGCAUGCCUAUAACUGCACGAGAAAUGAAGUUACCGGAUUCACUCCCUAUGAGUUAAUGUUCGGGAGGUCCCCUCGCCUUCCUGUGGAUCUGGCCUUCGGAUUACCUGUGCACAAAAAGAAGUACCAACCACACACUCAGUAUGUACAAGACCUUAAGUCAAGACUUGAAGAAAGCUACAAAAUUGCCUCCAAAAACGUUGCAAAAAGCAACGACCGAAAUAAGGUUCGAUUCGAUAAAAAUGUCAGACCGUCUCAGCUUGAAGUUGGUGACAGAGUGCUCGUUCGCAAUGUCCGGAUAAGAGGGAAGCACAAACUCAGUGACAAAUGGGAACCAGAUGUCUACAUCGUUGAGAAAAGAGCUGGAGACUUACCUGUGUAUACUGUAAAACCUGAAGGGAAAGAUGGUGCAACACGUACUUUACAUCGUGAUUUGUUGUUGCCAUGUGGUUUUCUCCCGGAAGCAGAUCUGGAUGCAAGUCCUGACUUACUUCCUGUUGUAGAACCCAGAAUAACUCGUCAGAAAACUCGAGCCCUGCUCCACUCUAAAGAGUCUGAGGAGGACGCAGAGCAACUGGAGGAAACAUCUGUCUAUCUGAUUCCGAGUCCAGUGCAGUUUUCAGUGGAGAAAUUCCAAGCUCCAGAGAAUGUAACCUUCCCGGUUUCUGAAGCUAUUCCGGAAAUAAACUCACCUGAAUCCUUACCUGACCCUGAAGGAGAUUUACCUAAAACCUUACCUUUUACUGAAAAUGUCUUACCUGCAGUUGAUUUUGAUCCUGUAGAGGAAACCUUACCUGAAAUGCUAUCUGUUGACUUACCUAGUUCUGAAGGUCCAAAUGUUGCCAAUGCACCUGUGGAAGAAGAACCUGAAGAAGUUAACAAUCUUGAAUCUAAUUUGGCAAACCCGACAAAUCUUGAAAGCAUAAACGACUUACCUGAUAAUGAUAAAGAAAGCAUAAAUGACCAACCGAUUGAGCCCAGUCUUAGACGCUCAAAUCGUUCUAGACAACCACCUAAGAGACUAAACUAUGUUUCAUUUGGAAAUCCCUUGAUUUCAGUCAUCCAGACUUUGUUACACAGUUUGUCCGACGCUUUGGGCACAUAAAUUAAUUAGCUCAACCGUAGUAUGCAACGGGACGUGCAUAGAUUAAAGGGGGGAGGGUGUAACCCUGGGUUAAACACACUUUUAGUUAAGAAUUUAAAAUUCCCACCCCUUUUUCAAGUCCCUGAAUGCAUCACAUUCACCUGAGUGAUCACCUGGCUUCUCCAGCCAAUCCCAUGUUUUGGAGGGAAUAUAUAUGCUGCCUCACUUCCUCUCCAGUCAGUUGUGUGGGGAGAGGAGCUGAGGAAGCAGCUGUACAGGUCAGUUCCCAAACAAACACAGUCAAAAAGAAACAUUUUGGUUUAAACUAAUACAUAAAAUGCCAAAUUACAGAGCUUUACUCUGGGAUGUGAGGAUUGGUGGGACCCAAUGCCAUUUUGUGCAAAUCUGAUCAUUGGAAUUGGCCAGGUACCUUUACCCUUUAUGGGUUAAUUCGAUGGCGAGCUAGUGAUCCACGGCCAGGAGCCAGAAGAACCCUCAGUCCGUCUCUGUAACACCUGUCGGGUAGGAGGCUGGUGCAGC